AUGCUCUCCACCCCUCUAAUCUUCAGUACUGCCUUCUUAACCAUCUUCCUAAUACUAACCUUCCCAAUCCUUACCUCCCUCUCACCAUACUCCCCCAAAAAAACCUGGGCCCUCACACACGUCAAAACAGCGGUUCAAUGAGCAUUCCUCAUCAGCCUAAUCCCCCUAACUAUCUUUCUAGACCAGGGAGUUGAAACCAUCACAACUAACUUCCACUGAGCUAACACAACAACCUUUGACAUCAACACCAGCUUUAAAUUCGACCACUACUCAAUCACCUUUGUCCCAGUCGCCCUGUACGUAACAUGAUCCAUCCUAGAAUUUGCUCUCUGGUACAUACACUCAGACCCAAACAUAAACCGCUUCUUUAAAUACCUCUUAUUGUUCCUCAUUGCAAUAAUCAUCCUAGUUACAGCCAACAAUAUAUUCCAACUAUUCAUCGGUUGAGAGGGUGUCGGAAUCAUAUCAUUCCUCCUAAUCGGCUGAUGGUACGGGCGAACAGACGCAAAUACCGCAGCCCUUCAAGCCGUAAUCUACAACCGAGUCGGAGACAUUGGCCUUAUCCUGACCAUAGCCUGAACCGCCACAAACAUAAACUCCUGAGAAAUACAACAAAUAUUUACCAUAAGCAAAGAAAUAGACCUCACACUCCCCCUUCUAGGCCUAAUCCUAGCAGCAACUGGCAAAUCCGCUCAAUUCGGUCUCCACCCCUGACUCCCCUCCGCCAUAGAAGGUCCAACACCAGUCUCUGCCCUACUACACUCAAGUACUAUGGUUGUUGCAGGCAUUUUCCUCCUAAUCCGACUUCACCCCCUGAUAGAAAACAACCAAACAGCCCUAACAACAUGCCUCUGCUUAGGUGCCCUAACCACCUUAUUCACAGCAACCUGCGCCCUGACCCAAAAUGACAUCAAAAAAAUCAUUGCCUUCUCCACAUCAAGCCAACUAGGACUGAUAAUAGUCACAAUUGGCCUAAAUCAACCACAACUGGCCCUAUUACACAUCUGCACCCACGCCUUCUUCAAAGCCAUACUAUUCCUAUGCUCCGGAUCCAUCAUCCACAGCCUAAACGACGAACAAGACAUCCGCAAAAUAGGAGGCCUACACACCCUACUCCCCUUCACAUCCUCCUCUUUAAUACUAGGCAGCCUAGCACUAACAGGCACCCCCUUCCUAGCCGGAUUCUUCUCAAAAGACGCAAUCAUCGAAGCCCUAAACACAUCCCACCUCAACGCCUGAGCCCUCACCCUCACACUCCUAGCCACAUCCUUCACUGCAGUAUACAGCCUCCGAAUCGUAUUCUUCGCAUCAAUAGGCCACCCACGAUUCCCCCCGCUAACCCCAAUUAACGAAAACACCCCAACCGUAAUCAACCCCAUCAAACGACUGGCCUGAGGAAGCAUUAUUGCCGGGUUCUUAAUCACUUCAAAUCUCACACCAACAAAAACCCAAAUCAUAACCAUACCUUCACUACUCAAACUAAGCGCACUCCUCGUAUCCAUUACUGGCCUCCUAGUAGCAAUCGAGCUAGCCAACCUAACAAGCAAACAACUAAAAACCACACCAACAACCUCUACCCACAACUUCUCCAACAUACUUGGCUACUUCCCUAUAAUUAUCCACCGUCUGACCCCAAAAAUAAACCUCAUCCUGGGUCAAACCAUAGCCUCUCAACUUGUAGAUCAAACAUGAUUCGAAAAAGCCGGCCCCAAAGGAAUCGCUUCUAAACAAAGCCCCAUAAUUGAAACCACCAACAACAUCCAACAGGGCCUAAUCAAAACAUACCUGACAAUCUUUCUCCUAACAACCGCCCUUGCCACCCUUACAAUCCUAAUCAUCUAA